AUAUAUUAUUUAAUAAGUAAAAUAUAAAGAUCAGCUAUUAUAAUGCAGUGUACAGACAGUAAAGGCUCAGGAGAACCAUCAGCUAAGUUUUCUUCAGAAGAAAUAAAAGAAAUCAACGAAUCAGAAAUAUCUAAAAACUUAGAAGAAGAAUCAAAAGAAAAGGAAAUAGUAGAUUCAGCAUAUGAUAUUGUUCCAUUAGUAGAUUCACUUUUAGAAGAAUUAAAAAAUAAAUUUGAAAUACUUUCAGAGGAGAUUUUUAUGAAAAUUAAUAAAAUAACGGAGCAGUUGGAUACAAUGGAAAUAUCAAUAAAUCAGAUGAUAGCAGAAAGUAAAGAGAAAGAAGAGUUAUAAGAAGAAGAAAUUUGAAUUUAUUUAAGUAAUGAAAAAGAAAUGUUAG